AUGGCGUUACUAAGCAUCCAGGGGGACUGGUAUUUAUACAUUUGGUUAAUAUACUGCAAAAUCUAUUCAGCUAUUAUAUGGUUGUUCAGCAAUCACUGCCGCGGGGCUGAUAAGGUUCACUCAGUGAUAACAAGUGGAGUUAGCGGACAGUCGCCUGGAGGCCUUCAUAGAGUGCGCACGCGUCGCCGAAGAGCGCAACAGCAGCACCGCGUCAAACACAUCGUUGCUUUAGCAAGGAGACCUUCUCUUAGAAGAAUCGUGAUGGCACCAGGAGCAAGCACCGCCCACACCAUGAUGGAGGACAAAGAGAAAAUUCUCAACGGAGCUUUGGCAACUGCAUCCAUGCGCUCACGUCGCAUCAGUCAGUUUGCGCCACUGCUCAUCGCGCUGGUUGGUCUACCAGCUCGUGGCAAGAGCCAACUUGCACACAGACUCGCCAGACAUUUGAACUGGAAUGGAGAGAGUACAAAAGUGUUCGACUGCAGCGAGUACCGUCGUCGUCACAUGGCGUUGUAUGGCAGCCAUGACAUUUUCCGCGCUGACAACGCCCAGGGCUCCGCGAUCCGUCGCCAGAGCGCCCGCGAGGCUGUACAAGAUGCUGUUCUGUGGCUCAAGGAUGGAAACAGUGUCGCUAUCUUCGACGGCACCAACAUCACGAGGGAGCAACGCCGGGAAUUGAGCGAGUACUGCCUUUCCGACAUGGGCUUCAGGAUCCUCUUCAUCGAAUGCGUAUGCGAGGACCAGGAACUGCUUGAGAGGAACAUUAUUGAGAUUCUCCAUUACUCUGCUGACUAUAAGUCCAUGAGUGAAGAAGAAGCAGUAGAUGACUUGAGGAAGAAAUUGGAACAUUACAUGAGGCAGUAUGAGCCUAUUGAUGCAGAGUUGGAGACGAUCAGUUUUGUUCGCGUGGAGAAUGUUGGGGAGACGGUGACAGCUCACAGGGUUGCUGGACAGAAGGAGUCUGGUAUCCUGGGAUACUUGUCUGGAAUGAGGGGCUUACCGCAGACCCUAUACUUUACUAGGCAUGGGGAGAGCGAGUACAACGUGUUGGGUCGUAUCGGAGGUGAUGCGUCCUUGUCGCCUCGCGGUCUUCUCUACGCUCAAGCAUUGGCUGACCAUAUGAACGCUCUGCCGUGCCGUGAUCACAUGACUGUGUGGACUUCCGAGAGAUGGCGCACCAAGCAGACCGCGGCCCACAUUCGAGCUCCAAAAAGAGUCGUCAGGGCACUCAACGAGUUGGAUGCUGGCAUCUGUGAAGGUUUGACCUACGAAGAAAUGCAGGAGCGUUUCCCUCAGGAGUUUGCUUGGCGUGAUCAGGACAAGCUGCGGUACCGCUACCCUUGGGGUGAAUCUUACAUUGACAUUAUGACGCGUCUCCGACCAGCUCUGUCUGCGUUAGAAGAUGAGCACAAUGUUGUUGUAGUUGGACAUCAAGCAGUGCUGCGAUGCAUGCUUGGAUAUUUCCUGGACGCUAAGCUUGAUGAGCUACCGUACAUGAACGUCCCACUCCACACGAUCGUGAAGCUGACAUCUUACGGCUACAAGUACAAGGUGGAGAUGAUCAAGCUGCCUGUGGACUGCGUCGAUACUCACCGCCAGCAGCCCAAGAACUGCUCAAUAAACAGGACAACGGCCGAUGCGUUGGUCACGGUCCCGUCCCACUACGAUACUCUCCCGUCGAACCUUUGGCAAAACCCCACUGAGGCGCAACUUUAG